AUCAUAGAUUUUCCCGGAGAUGGGCUCGGUUUUUAGGGGCAAAGCGAUUCCCUCAGCUUGGCACAUUUCCUGAUAUCCAACCGAAAAAAUCAGCUUGCAGUCUUACACCGGAUAACGCUGUACAGUGUAGAGUGUACAUGGUAGCUUUACAUUCGGGCUCGAGUAAAAGAAACUGAAGCACUGAACUCGAACAGCAUACAAAACCCAGGGAUGUUUUGUGCUUUUUCUCAGUACCCAACUGGUAUUGCGGCUUUCGUGCAUGAUAAAAGUGGGGUGGCAUUGCCAAGAUUGGGGUUAUCCAGAGUGUUGUACCAUCCAAAAGGAGUUUCUUUAAAAGAGAACCUGUACGCAGGUCUUAGUUCGAUCGGUUCGUCCACGUAUGCGGGCAAUGAACUUAAACUUCCGUUGGUGUUUAGAGUCUUGCAUCAGGUUUCAUGUCGACCUUCUUCAGAUGUUUUUGUGAUUAAAAACAAUUAUCCUCAAAAUGCGGAUUUACCUAGGUACUACUCGAAGAAGGAGAAGAAGCCCUUUCCAAUACCUAUAGUUGAGCUUAGGAGAGCUGCCAGAGAAAGGCAGAAGAGCAGAAAAGGCCAACCAAAGAGACCAGUUCCACCUCCGCGAAAUGGGUUACUGGUUCGACGUCUUAUACCAGUAGCAUAUGAAGUCUUUAAUGCGAGAAUCACAUUGAUCAACAAUCUAAAGAAGCUCAUAAAGGUGGUACCAGUACAUGCUUGCAAAUGGUGCAAUGAAAUCCACGUUGGACCUGUUGGUCACCCAUUUAAGUCAUGUAGGGGCCAGAAAGCUGGGGCCCGGAAGGGCCUUCAUGAGUGGACAAAAGCAACUGUUGAAGACGUACUUUUGCCAAUUGAAGCAUACCACCUUUUUGACCGUCUUGGAAGGCGGAUUGCUCAUGAGGAAAGGUUCUCGAUUCCACGGGUUCCAGCAAUUGUUGAGCUUUGUGUCCAAGCUGGACUUGAUCUGCCUGAUCUACCCACAAAAAGAAGAAGAAAGCCCGUGAUCCGUGUUGGGAAAAGUGAGAUCAUUGAUGCGGAUGAAGAUGAUUUACCAGAUCCCAUCCCAGACACCAAUAGAAAACCAAUAUUAACUGAAAUUCCUGAUUUAGAAAUAAUUCCUCCAUCUACCUCUGAAGAGGUUGCCUUGCUCUCUGAAGCAACUCUUAAAGCAUGGCAGAAGAUGAGGGAUGGGGCCCUGAAGCUUAUGAAGAAGUAUCCAGUGAGGGUGUGUGGUUACUGUCCAGAGGUGCAUGUGGGUCCAAGUGGGCACAAGGCACAAAACUGUGGGGCAUACAAGCACCAACAGAGGAAUGGACAGCAUGGGUGGCAAGCGGCUGUGCUGGAUGACUUGAUACCACCAAGGUAUGUUUGGCAUGUACUAGAUGUGAAUGGCCCACCUUUACAAGUGGAGCUUAGGAGCUUCUAUGGCCAAGCUCCUGCAGUGGUGGAGAUGUGCGUGCAGGGUGGGGCAGUUGUACCAGAACAAUAUAAACCGACCAUGAGGUUGGAUAUUGGUAUCCCAAGUAGUGUUAAGGAAGCUGAAAUGGUGGUGUGAAGCUAAAUUGACUAGUGGUCUCUCUGGCAAGUGUAUCUAACCAGAAAUUGAACCACUAAUGUUCAAAGUUCACACGUUCCUUUUGCACUCGCCAAUGCUAGGCUCCUCAGAUUGAUCCAGCCAGAAAAUUUCAGUGUUUCGGAUUGAUUCCAACAUUUUGCACAGGAGUUCAUUUUGAGAGGCCAACAUAGUAAUUAUACUGGUCACAAGCGCCCAAAUGUUAGAAUACCUUUGAAGAACAUACCAAUUUCAGCUUGCUUAAAUGACUGUAAUUUGAAAUGUAUUUGUCAUUUGAUAGAAAUAAAAUGAUUGCCA